CUCUCUCUCUCUCUCUCUCAUCCUUCGCUACACUCCUCACAGAUCCCGGUCGAGCUCUCGCUCCCCCGAUCCCCUCUUCUAGGGUUUCCUCCUCCUCUCUCUCCCCACCACCAUCUCAAAACCCUAGCUCUAAUCCCAUCUAAUGCGAAGAAUCGGAGAUGGUUGGGGCCGGAGAGGCGGCGGCGGCGGCGGCGGCGGCGUUGGUGGCGGAGCGAGGCAUCAGGCGAAGCAGCUCGGAAGUGGCGGAGGACGAUGGCGGGGAGGCUCGGGAUCGCCGUCGUCGUCCUCGUCGUAUGCACCCUAUCGCUCUUCUCCUCGAUCGGCGUCCCUCGCCCGUAUAGCACAGUGAGGAAGGUUGAUGUGAAUGAUCUGUGGAGAACUGCUGAUUCUGGUGGUUGGAGAGCAUCAUCGGCACCACGGUCCUACUGGCCUCCUCCUCCAACUGAGAGCAAUGGUUAUUUACGUGUGCGGUGCAAUGGCGGCUUGAAUCAACAACGGAGUGCGAUAUGUAAUGCUGUUGUUGCUGCGCGAAUCAUGAAUGCUACGUUGGUGCUGCCUGAUUUGGACACAAAUUCUUUUUGGCGGGAUGAGAGCGGUUUUCCAGGUAUCUACGAUGUAGAGCACUUCAUCAAGUCACUGAGAUAUGAUGUGCGCAUUGUUAGAAGCCUUCCAGAAAUCUCUUCAAAUGGAAAGACCAAGAAGAUGAAAUCUUAUCAGAUUCGUCCACCAAGAGAUGCUCCUUUAAGCUGGUACACAACAUUUGCAUUGGAAAUGAUGAAGCAGCAUGGUGCGAUUUAUCUCACUCCUUUUUCACACCGUUUAGCAGAGGAGAUUGACAACCCUGAGCUUCAGAGGUUGAGAUGCCGUGUUAACUAUCAUGCACUUAGGUUUAAACCUCACAUCAUGCAAAUAAGCAGUGAGAUAGUGAAUAAACUCCGUGCACAAGGCCACUUCAUGUCAAUACACCUUCGAUUUGAGAUGGAUAUGCUUGCAUUUGCUGGGUGUAUUGAUAUAUUCACACCGGAAGAACAGAAAAUCUUGAUCAAAUACAGAAAAGAGAACUUUGCAGAGAAGGAACUUGUUUACAGAGAAAGGAGGCUCAUCGGGAAGUGCCCAUUAACUCCAGAAGAGGUUGGUCUCAUUCUGCGCUCCAUGGGGUUCGACAACUCUACUCGAAUCUACCUCGCUUCCGGCGAGCUUUUCGGGGGGGAGCGUUUCAUGAAGCCAUUCCGAGAAAUGUUUCCUCACCUCGAGAACCACAGCUCGGUGGGACCCGAAAAGCUCGAAGAGAAUGCUCGAGGGUUGGCGGGCUCCGCGGUCGACUACAUGGUCUGUCUCCUCUCCGACAUCUUCGUGCCCACAUACGACGGCCCGAGCAACUUCGCCAACAACCUAAUGGGCCACCGCCUCUACUACGGGUUUCGAACCAUUAUACAACCCGAUAGAAAGGCCUUGGCCCCUAUUUUCGUCGACCGGGAGGAGGGCCGGGGGUCCGGGUUUGAGGAGCGGGUUAGGCAAGUCAUGUAUAGAACGAAUUUCGGCGGGCCGCACAAGAGAGUGCGGCCCGAGUCGUUCUACACGAACUCGUGGCCCGAGUGCUUCUGCCAGCCGGAGUCCAAGAACCCAAAGGACAAGUGCCCGCCGGAGAACGUUGUAGAAGUUUUGGGCAGCCAGUUGCAGAGCGAGGAGAGCGAGGGUUCGGAGGAAGGGAAGGAUGCGAAUCAGGCAGCCGCGACCGGUCGAGCAGAAGAAGAGGGUUCAACUUGAAGGGCGACUGUUAUUUUUAAUCUACAGCUCGGAGAAAUGAUUGUUUGAGUGGCUCGGCGCGGAACGUGUUCUACUCUGAAUCGAUAGAGGUUUCCGAGCUACAAAUUCGGAACGUUGAAGACAAGCUACGGAGAUUGAGAUCGAAACAUUCUGUGCGGCGGUCAGAGUAAAUUUUUUCCCCCCCCUUUUCUUUGUAGUGAUAUUUUUUUUUGUAAGAAGUGAUUCGAACCUCAUUAAUCAAUCGCCAUCUUAGUUUGUAAAAAUUUGAAAACACGAUGAUUUCUUAAGAUAAUAGACAAUGAUAAUAAGUUGGGUUUUAAACUA